AUGAAAGAUCUUUUGGUUGACCUUAUGUUGCAUUAUGGGGGUAAAUGGAUUACAAAACCACUACUAGUAUGUGACAAGAAGUAUGUUGCUACUAGGAGAAACACUAGUGCAGAUCUCUUAGACUAUGAUAAGAUAGUGGAAGAGUACACAAAAGACUUAGGAUUUGUGCUUGUGAAACAAAUACUAGUGAAAGGGCCUUCUGGGAAAUUUUACUUGCUUGAGGGAUCUGAAGGAAUUAAGACACUCCAAUGCCUAUUAAAUGAACAAUUUAGGGUAGUUCAUUUCUUUGCUGUGGAUGACUUUGAAGAAACUGUUUUUGCACCAAAUAUUAUUCACCAUAGUGAAGCAUACUUGGUAGAGUGUGAAUAUGGAACUGAUGCUGAAACAGAAAGUGAUGAUGACCAGUCUAGUGAUGAUGAAUAUAACUUUGAUGAGUUAGAGCUUAUCAAGAUGCUGAAAUCUAAAGAAGUAAAUGUUGAUCUCAGUCACUACAAAGAACUUCAUCCCUCCAUGACUUUCAAGGACUUGAAUGAGGCAAGAAAAAUUGUGAAUUUGUAUUCUCUUGCAAAUUCCAAGCCUAUAGUAGUGGAAAAAAGUGACAGAACUAGACUAAGGUAUAAAUGCAUGAUUGGUUGUCCAUUUGUCUUGCUUAUUUCACAAGAUGGUAAAGGUCCAGGUUUUAAGGUUAAAACACUGAAAAUAAAUCACAAUUGUGAGGAUGCAUUUAAAAAUCCUAGAGCUUGUACAAGUACUUUAGCACAAUAUUUCAAGAGUAAACUGCAGAAUAAUCCUCAGUACAAGCUAAAGGAUAUGAGAAAAGACUUGAAGGAUCAGUUCAACUUGAAUGCUCGUACCUCUAAGUUGAAAAGAGCCAAGAGGAUGGCCUUUCAAAAAUUGCAGGGAAGUUUCUUAGAUGAUUUCAACAGAAUUGAGGCUUAUGCAAAUGAGCUUAGGCUAAGCAAUCCUGGUAGUGAUAUUGUGAUCAAUUUAUCAAAGGAUGCAUUGGAACAAAGUAAAAGAAAGUUCCUUAGGAUGUACAUCUGCUUUAAUGCUCUGAAGUUGGGAUGGAAAGAAGGUUUGAGACCCUUUAUUGGACUAGAUAGGACCUUCUUGAAGGGUCAAUGCAAGGGACAACUUUUGGUGGCUAUGACACAAGAUUCUCAGAAUUGCUUAUAUCCAUUGGCAUGGGCUGUAGUUGAUAAGGAGACAACUAGAACAUGGAUAUGGUUUCUACAACUGCUGAACAAUUCAUUGAAUUUGAAAGAUGGUCAAACUGUUACCUUUAUGGACUGUGUUAGGCAAAUUGAGGCCAACUGGAUGAAGAGAUUUAGGUCAGGAGAGAUGAAGAAACUGCUUUGGUGGGCUGCGUGGAGUACUUAUGAGGAAGAUUUCAAGGAUCAGUUGAGUGCACUUGGUGCAUUGUCAAAAAGUGCUACCAAGGAUUUGCUUAAGUAUCCACCACAGACAUGGUGCAGGGCAUAUUUGGAUAUUAUAUGCAAAAAUCAAAUGGUGGAUAAUAAUUUCACAAAGUCUUUCAACUCUUGGAUCCUGGAAGCAAGAGGUAAGCCAAUUCUAAAAAUGCUUGAAGAUAUAAGAAUCAAGAUAAUGAACAGGUUAAGAGAGAAGGAAGAAGAUGCAAGCAAAUGGACUACUGAUUACAGUCCUAAGUGCAUGAAAUUGUUCACUGCAUACAUGAGAAUAACUCAAUUAUGCAGUGUCGAUUUCAAUGGUGAUCUUGGAUAUGAAGUGUCUGAGGGUGAAAAUAGGCACACAGUGAACUUGGUUGAGAAAAAAUGCACAUGUAGGUCAUGGCAGUUGACUGGCAUUCCAUGA